UGUUCCGCGAUCUCUAUGACCAGCUCCCCCACGUUCCCCGUCGAGUCGAGGCCGAAAAGGCGGGAAAGCAGGAAAAGGCGGUUACAAGAGGGAGGGAGUGCGCAGGCGUUGCGCAUGCGCCUUGGCGAGAGGGCGAUGAGGCGCGGACGGGUGUGGGUGGCGGCGGCAGCGGCGGCCACGCUGGCCGUGGCGGCGCUGGAGGCCUUGGCUUGCUGGCUGAUGAAGAGGAGGAGGCCGGCGGCGGUGCGCGAGGUGCUCUUCUUCCCGUCGCGGCUGACGUGCGUCGAGGAGCUGCUGGCCGAGGAGGGGGCGCCAGAGCCAGCGGGGCGCCUGCGGCCUGCCCCUCGGUGCGCGUGCCCGCUGCCCCACCACCGCGAGAGCGCGCUCGCGCGCCUCUUGGCCCACCUGCUGCGGGCGCGGCGCUCGCUGGAGCUCUGCCUCUUCGCCUUCUCCAGCCCGCAGCUCAGCCGCGCCGUCCUCCUGCUGCACGCGCGGGGCGUCCGUGUCCGCGUCGUCGUCGACUCCGACUACAUGGCCCUCAACGGCUCCCAGAUCGGGCGCCUCCGGCAGGCCGGGAUUCAGGUGCGUCAUGAUCAGGAUAGUGGGUAUAUGCAUCAUAAAUUUGCCGUCAUAGACAAAAAGAUGUUGAUCACUGGCUCCCUCAACUGGACCACUCAAGCCAUCCAGAACAACAAAGAGAAUGUGCUGAUAGUGGAGGACACAGCCUGUGUGAAUAUUUUCCUAGCAGAAUUUGAAAAGAUUUGGGAGGACUACAAUCCGGCUAAUUAUACUUUUUUCCCCAAAGAAGAAAAACAGGUACUGAAAAAAACUACUUGUGGGACGGAGAAGCAGCUUAGCAAAUAGCAGUGCACAUUUUGUUCCAAAGACUGUCCUACUCUCAAAUCAUACAUUUGAGAAUGGCUUAAACAGUAACCAACAGAAAAAUUUCUACUGCUUGAAGAAACUUACAACCAGCAUAUGGUCAGAAUGUGUUGGGAUCCAGUCAAACAGAAUAUAUAGGGUUAUGUUUUAUUGAUAACAGGUUCAGUUAUAUAGAAGCAGCACAUAAACAGAUUGCCCAAGACCGGGAGUGGAGCAGGAAUUUAAUAUUAAACUAAUUUAGAUGUUUUAAUAUGUAAAACUCUUCCUGUGUUUGGGAAGGUGACAUUUCAGAUAAGAGUUUUAUCCUAGCAUUUUCUUUUAUGUGCUAGUUUUCAGUGUGUCUGGCUUUUUUCUGUUGAGAACUGCUCCAACAUGCAGUUAUCCGUCUUGCAUUCUGCAGUGACCAAACCAUGUGUGUUUUCCACUUGCCUAGAAGAAUAGCAGUCUUGUGUAAAGCCUUAGUGUAUGCCCUCAUCUUGCAGGUAGUCCUGUGCUGUGCAGAAUUAAGCAAGGAUCUUAUUGGGCAAAGAGGAACAAACAUGAUAACACUUGUGUGUCCUGAGUGAAGAAAAAGGCCUGGUGUAAAACACCUUAUGGUGGCAUUCAAGCUGUAGCCUAGCCUAAGACUUCUGAUUGUAGAAAUGCAGCACAGGUAUAAGAUGUAAAUUAGUUUUGAUUCAACCAGUUUCAAGCAAGAGAGCUUUCAGGAAGAAGGUAGUUUGUGUUUAAAAAAAAAAUUAUUUAGAGUAUGUUGGCCUUUUGACUACAGCAGCAUUGGCUUUCAUGCUUUCUAUAGAGAUCAUGAAUCCUGAUCAUGAGGUCACAAUCCAACACGAAAUGGGGUGUACUAAAAGCCCAUUACAGAAUAUAACUAACAAAUUAAUUGGUCAUUCCAAUGUUCCUUGUUUUUCCUACAAGUUUUAAGUGGCCUGACUCAUCCUACUCAUGAGUGUAUGGAUGAGCUCUCCCCGCCCCCCCCCCCCCACUGUAAGCUAAAAAGAUGGCAGUCUGCCAUCUUACAAAAUUGUGAACAUGAAGUUGUGUGAUAUGAAGAAAUCUAGAAGUGUCUUAACAGCAGUUAGUUUGUUUACUAAAACUGCUCAAUGGCAAAGCCUCCUUGUACAUUAGCUGCAUAGAGGCAGGAACUAAGCAGGAGGGUUCAUUUUCUUACAUAGUUUAUUUACUAGCAUUUGACCUGUGUCACUGUGAGCAAGGGCUUCCGGAGAGACAAAUUAAAGGUAUAAUAAUAAUGGAAGAAUAUGCUGGAUGUACUUGCAUUGGAUUUCAAAUACCUUGCUUCUCAUUUGUAGUGGUUUUGGUUAAUAUUAAAUCUGUUUUGGCCAAAGAGAAA